CCGGGCCGUCGCCGCGUGCUGCUGACGCCGCCGAGCUCGCGGGGGGGCGGGAGCGCGGGCGCGCGCUUCUCCCGGCGCCACCGCCAUGUUCCGGCGGGCCCGUCUCACCGUGCGGCCCAAUGUGCGGCCCCCGGGCAGGGCCGCCGCCMCCGACACCGGCGCUGGCGGGGCGGACCCGGAGCCGCUGGAACCCCUGGGCUCGGGAACCCCGGCGGCGGACAGAGCAGGGACCGCGGCGGGAUCGGCGGACGCGCGGCGAGCAGAGAGCGAUGACAAGGCUGAUAAUUCAAAGAAUGCUGGGGAAGCUAGUAAACCUGCGGAGAUGCUUACACAGAGAAGAAAACGUAUCUCCACCAUGCCAAAUAUUGUCAAACCCAGAGCUGGACCAUCAUCUGCUCAAUGUUCUGCACCAAAACUGCAGAGGMGAACAUUACAGGUUUCUGAUGGUGGUGCUUCACUUCAGAAGGAUCCUUCCCCACCAGAAAAGAGUAAUGUUGAAAGUUCUGUGAAGUCUCCCAUGCUUCCUGAGAAGAAAACACCUGUGCCACAAGUGCCACAGUUUUCACCACUAAAAAAAUCUGUGAGCAAAGAGCAAACUGUUGGUGUAGCUGCUCAGAAAAAUGAUGAUAGCUUGCAGAAGAAUGUACCCUCUCCACUCAAGGAGAGACCAACGCAGGAAAGAUCACGAACACAGGAGGAAAAGCUACCUGAAAAACCUUCUCCUGAGAAAGUCAAGCGAAUAUGUUCUGACCGUGAAAGGAUCCUCAAAGCUCGGAAGUUAAGAGAAAUGCUUAAAGAAGAGCUGAAGAAAGAGCGGAUGAAGUUGAAACACAGGCCUCCAGUAAUUGAAGGACGUUCUCCACCAGAUCGUUCUAAAAUGACCAUGAGAGACUUGAUAUACUAUCUGCCAGAAAACAAUCCUAUGAAGUCUUCAUUGGCAGAAGAAAAGAGAACAGAAAAAACUUCUGCACUGAGUCAAAUGAAAGAGCCGGAAGAGAGAAGUACUCCUGAUCAUGAAGAAGAGGAGGAGGAAGAAGAAGAGAAUGGGGAAGAGAGUCAGGAUGGCCCACUUCUUGUUCCUCGUGUGAAAGUAGCAGAAGAUGGUACAAUCAUUCUGGAUGAAGAAAGCUUAACUGUAGAAGUUCUAAGAACUAAAGGUCCAUGUGUUGUAGAAGAAAAUGAUCCCAUCUUUGAACGUGGCUCUACAACUACAUAUUCUAGCUUCAGGAAAAGUUUUUACACAAAACCGUGGUCUAAUAAGGAGACAGAUAUGUUCUUUUUAGCUAUCAGUAUGGUAGGAACAGACUUCUCCUUGAUUGGGCGGCUGUUUCCUCACAGAGCCAGAGCAGAAAUUAAGAACAAGUUCAAACGUGAGGAAAAAGCGAAUGGAUGGAGAAUAGACAAAGCGUUCAAAGAAAAACGACCCUUUGAUUUUGAAUUCUUUGCCCAGCUGCUUGAGAAGGUCUUAGCAGAUGAGGAAAAGAGGAAGCAAAAGACCGUUAAAAGCCAGAAGCUAAAGGAAAAGAAGUCUCCAAGGCCACAAAAAAAGUCAAAAGCAAAAGCUGCCAGCUCAGAAGCUGCUAAUGAUCAAGAUCAACUUGAGGAAGCUGGAAUUUCUGAUGCAGAAACAGACGCAGAUGGUGUGACGGCUGAGAAAGAAAAUGAGGAAUCUUUGGGCAUUCCUGAACAGGCGGAAAAACAGGUUGCAUUAGAACCAGCAUUUGCAAAAAAGAAGAGAAAAAAGAAAAGAAAAGAUGAUGUUGAACAAGAAGUGGAGAAUAAUCCAGAAGAAAUGUCUGUUCCUUCAAAAACUGCGGAGGAAGGGAAAUCCUGUGAUAAUAGGGAAAAAGUAAUACAUGAUGUAAGCAAUGAUGGUCAUACUACCUGUAGAGAAGAACUGGAUUGUGCUAUUGAAGGAAAACAAGAUGAGACUGCUCUGACAGAGGAAGAGAGAUCAGGGUCCUGUUUACCAGUGAAUGACCAAAGGGAGACAGAAGUUGGUGUCAAUUUAAGCAGCCUUGAAGGUAGCAACGAUGUUGUACUAGAAACAAAAUCUGCUAAAUUGAGAACAAGCGAUAUUAGAGAUGAUCUAUCACAGGAAAGCCAGAUUUCAGAAUUACUGAUUUCUAAUAUUGGAAGCAAUGAAAGACAAUCAGUAGAAACUACAGAAACAAAGGACAAAGAUACGCACGAUUCACAAAAAACAGAUGAAAAACAGAGUGCAUCAGAAAGUGGUUCACAGUCUGAAAUCAUGAAAACGGAAAAGUCAGCAGACAGAAGGCGCUUGCAAAGACCUAAGCCAAAUUUAGUGAGGUCGUCUGGAAGGAGGGAGACAGCAAAGCAAGACAAAAUGGAGGCCAAAACUUCCUCUCCAGCCCUUGCAAAUGCAGGUGAAAAGUGCUCUGAAGAGGACAGUAGAAGAAACAGAAAUGAAGCAACAGAAGUAGAGAAUAGGGAUUUGGAUACUGAAUCUCAAGAACCUGAAAAAACUUCAAUUGCAAAGACAGUAGUUAGAGGAUAUCGACAGAGAUUUAAACCUAAUGUUACAAGAGCAUCUGGAAGGAAAGAAGAGCCUGAAAAAGAUGCAGGAAAUAAUGAAAUGUCCCAUCUACAGCCUAAGGGGGCAACUGAAAAGAAUAAGGACCAAAGUAAUGGAUCUGAUGUGACCAGUAAGAAUGCCACAGAAAAAGAUGACAAAGUCCUGGAGACAACGUCUCAGUCUAAUGAAACAGCUGGUUUAAAAGAAGAUGGCAAACAGGGCAUGCUGAAUCCAAUGCCUUUAAAGAGAGGUAGAAUACAGAGACCAAAACCAAAUCUAGGAAGAACUGUUGCAAAGCAGAAAGAACWGACAGAUGAAAAGGAUCCUGAAGASGUGACAACUCAAGGGGGAGAAGUAGAAAAAAGUGUAAUACACCAUCAAGAUGAAAACAAUGAUCCCUGCCUCAAAAGUGAUUUGACAGUUCAUGGAGACACUCAGGCAUCCAAUGUGAUGUCAGAAGAUGUUUCUACAGAUUCUGAGAUGAACUCAACAUCUACAAGACAGUGUUUCCAAGAAAAACCCUCAGAAGGAGAAAGCUAUGAAGGUGAAAAGGGAUUGUCAGAUGUGUUGAAACACGUUUCAGAUUCCAAGACAAGGGAAUCUCAUGCGCAGAAGGAAGAGGAGAAAACYGUUGCAUCAUCAGGUCAGCUUCUGAGGAGUCGAUUCCAGAAACCAAAGCCAAAUAUAAGAACAAGUAGUAGAAAGGAGGUGCUGGAUGUGAAUAGUAAAGGUGCAUCACAAGAAGAUACCAAUAAGGAAGAAAAUUUGACGCAGUGUGAUAGUGAAUGUAGCAUCCCUUCUGACACAGAUCAAGCAGGAAAAUGUGAAGUCUUAAACCCACUAGAAUCCUUGGGAAAGGAGAAGUCACAUCACUCUCAGGAAGUUUCUGUAAGGCCAAGUUGUAAGUCUCCAAAAACGUUUUCAAGAUCAGGGGAUGGUGUACUGGAAUUUUGUCUACCUGAAGUUGCCCAAGAUGAGAUCUCAACUACUAGUGCAGGCAAAAGCAGCACUCAGGAAGAAAGUGAACAAACACCUCCACCUAUCCAGCCGGUGCGGAACAAGARGUACAAACCAAACUUGGUAAGAGCUGCUGGAAAGAAGGACUUACAAAAACCAGAAAAUGAGAGGAAGAAAAAGCCUGAAGCAGAGCAAAAAGAUGAAUUUGACAGUACUGUCAUGGGUGAAAAUGAAGCUGCAUUGUGUCAAGCAGAUGCACUGAGCAAAGAGGAACAUGAACAGCAAGAGGUGYUUCAGGUGCCCUCUGUUUCUGAAAAUUUAUUGUCUGAACAAAGCAGUGCUGAGAAAUUUAACUCCGAAGAAGGCAAGCWGGGUGCUCUGAAACCAGGACAAUUCCCGAGGACUGAGUCUCCAAAACCUAGACCAAACCUAGAAAGAACAUACAGUGAAGAUGGAUCUGCAGUAGUGCAAAAACUUGCUGGUCCAGAUGAGGAAGACAUAAAUAAAGGAGAGAAUCAGACUGUGACAGAAGAAUCUGAAAAUUCUCUCUCCUCAAAAGAUGACAUAGAGSUAUUGUUGCUUGUGGGAAAUUCAACCAAGAAUGACAAUCUAGACAUAAAAUCAAGAAACACAAUGUCAGAAACGCAUUAUUCUUCUGAAAAAUCACCAAACUGCAACAGCAAUGGAGAACAAGAAGAAUGUCUAUCUMCAGAUGCUGUAAGAAUCAUUCAGGAUACCACAGAAAGGUCCAGUGACAAAUURGGUCCUGAAGAAGAAAGUGAACAGAGAGCAAGGACCCCAAGAUCAGACCUCAUGAGACUUACUAGAAAAAGAGAUUGUCCUGAUGAARGUGAAAACAGAGAAGAAGACUGCAGUAAGAACAGAAAUCAAGAAGAGUGUUUGGUGUUACUAAAAACAGGUGUAUCCGUGCAAAACUCCAGUAACAUAGUGGAAGCUGGAUCCUGCUCAGAAGCUACCAGGAAACACAGUUUUACAGAGAAUGUUGAAGAAACAUCUUGCAAGAGAAUCAGGCAGGACAUUACACUCCAGUCUCCAGAGAGAUCGUCAGAGAGUGAAAGUCAAAUAGAACAAGAUGAUKAUUCUCAGCUUUCUGCCUCUCAGGAAAAGAAUUCAGACAAUCUCACAAGAAGGCAGUUGAGGAGAUCAUCAAAAUGGACAGCGCUGCCAGAACAUGUGUUGGAGCCAAGAACUGCUAUUUCUGCCUCUGAAUGUGAGGCUGACUGUAGUGAGAAGGUAAAUCAAAAGCAAGAAGCUAAACUGAAUAUUAAUAGAGGCAGAAGUUUGAAAACUACACAGAGAAGAAAAUCUGGGAAGGAACCUAGAAGUUCAAAGAUAACCUUUGUCACCCUCCGAGCUUCUCAAGAGGAAGAGGAUGAGGAGGUGGAUGACUUUGAGCUUGAAGAUGAAGAUGAAUGCUUUGCACCAGAGGAAGUAAACAAGGCUCCAGUGUUUGUUCCUAUAGGUCUUCGAUCUCUGAAACCAGUUCCCGUGCAGAUAGAGGAAACCAUGGAGGAGCUGGAAAUAUCUGUGAAUAUCCCAGAUGUGCAGGUGGCUGCUGGUGCUGAAAGUCUUCCUCAUGCAUCUAUCCAACCACUGGUACAGAGGGAAGAAAAAGUAAGCACCUCAACAGCUGACAUGACCAUACAUGAAAAUCCAGAUGCAGACAAAGGAAUUAAUGAUGGAAGCACUGAAGCUGCUAUGACUUUACUUGCAAUGGGUGAUCCAMAUUUCCAGUUAAAAACAAGCACUGAAGAACAAAUGCRCAUGUCACCUGCUCAAGAUGAGUUGGACGUGGCUGAUAGCCCUGUAACUCAUACCUACGCCAAAGAAAAUAGAGCUUCUAGUCAAUAUUUGCUUGCUUUAGACACUUCUAUCAAAGAGUUGCUGCCUUCUGAGGAUGAAAAUAACAUCAAAAUAGAGAAUCAAAUCGCUAGCACAAGAAUAGGUGUAGAAGAACAUUCGGAGAAGGAUGCUGCUGAUACCAGUGAUAGCUCUUUGUGUAUGAUGAAUAGUAUGAGACUGACAGAGGGUGGGUACCUGGAACCUGAGCCAACCUCUGGAGURUUGAGGUCCAAUGACAACGUAAGGCAGGAAUUACUUAACACAAAUGUACUCAUGGAACAASUAGAGCAAAUUCAAGCUGAUCCUACARCCCUGAGGAGUACUGCAGAAAUGCAGAAGGUGGAACUAGAAUCAAUCAUUCCAGCUGCAGAUGAAUCUUCAUWCCUUCAUGACUUUGCAACUGGAAGUAUGGAACUUACGAAGCAAGUAGACAAAACUGAGAGAACAGAAAAACAGAGAGGUGAUGCUUGUGGAARUUCAGGAGAUUUAAGACCUCUAACUUCAUCAUCAAAACCUGAAAACUCACACCUUGAACUAGGGGAUUGUCCAAAUCCAAGUUCUGUGRAUGAACUUCUUGAGCAAAGUCCUUGUCCUCUUGAGCACAAUAUAUGUAUGAUCAACUUUACUCAGAAUGAAGCUUGUGUUCAGGAUGUUCAACAACAUUGUGUAAGCAGCGCAGAAGAAACUUCAGUAGUGAAUGAUGAUCAUAGAUGUCCAGAAGAAGAACAGACAUUCAUUUUAACAUUGGUGGAAAUACCAGCUGACUCAAAAGAGUUUGAUGCAUCUGUUAUGCUGGAACAAACUUCAGAACCAGUACUACCAGCCCCAAUACUUACCAGGCCAAUAAAUGCAAGUGAAACAACUGUGGCUGAAGUGGAGAGUAUUGGAUCCUUGACAACUGUAGCUGGUGAAGUUGCUGCACCUUUAAACAGCAGUAUGAAAACCAAACAACUAGAGAGUGCAUCAGUAGACCCUGUUCCAAAGUUGCAGACAGCUCAAAAACGGUCGGCUGCAGAGCUUGAAGAGAAUGAUUUUCCUCCUUCCAAGAAAAUCCUGCCUGCUAUUGCAGUGGAAGAUAAUUUGGAAACCACUUACAAGUGUUAUUCAAUUAAAUCCACAGAUAUGCCAACGAUAACUUCUGGGAAUACUUUUCAAAAACCAGAGUCUUCAGCAAAGGAAAAGGUACUUACUUCUGUGUCUGAAUCUAUGUCAUCACCGGCUGAGGGAAGCCAGCUUGAGACUUCAGAGAGCUUAGGGAAAGCACCAUUUGAGAAUCCAGCGUCCAAAAAGGAAGAGGAGAUUAUGUCUAGAUUAGCCUCUAACAGAAAAUCAGAAAUAAGUGGACAAGAAAAGCAUGAGAAUGUGCAUGAAUCUGCACAGCUGGAACAUACUGGAAGCCCGGCAUCAUCUUCAAAAACUCCAUUACUCAGGGGUGGACGAAAACCAUUGGGAUUUUUAUCUUUAAUUUGCAAAAAAAAUAAUUCUGAAUCUGUAGAAGAUACCAAAGGGAAUAAAGGGAAGAAUCAAAAGCCUCGCAUUGUGACUCCAAAACGAAAUGUAAAGAAACCCACUCCAUCCACUACGGAUGAUAGGGAGUCUUUUUCCUUGCCCUCUACAUCAUCAUCUCUGGAACAUGAGUAUGUAGUUGCUGAUGCUGCAGUUACGAUUCCAAGUAACGACUCAUCUGAGAAGCCACCUUUCUAUGCUAAAGAUCAAGAGAAGGAAGGAGAGCCAACCAAAAUCUCUGAGUACUUUUUCAGUGACAUCUUUAUGGAAGUGGAUGAUUCAGAAUAGCAAAUGGAUUCUAUAAAAACCUAGGAUCACAGAACGCACUGCAACAAGAGAAGAGUAUUUUAAGUUACAAUUUGUUCUGAUACUUGUUAUGCCACGCUUACUAKCAGCCAGUAAUAACAAUACUGCUGUUAAUUAAUGCCAUAAAGAUGAAAUGGAUUCCUUCUGAAGUAACCUGGGUGCGUUCCAAAUGCUGACAUAAUCUAAACCACUACAGUGACAUCAUUGGACCAGAUUAGUGACUGCUGGCUUAUGGUUUCACUUGUUUAGACACUGAUGAUGAGUGCAUGACUAUCCUACAGAAAAGUGCAAUGAAAUAAUGUUUAAUCUUGCAGCAAGUAUCCUUUAUCAUUUUAAUACUAAAACUUUUUGGUACUGGCUAUUCAAGUUUUUACUUCUUUUUGUGAAGUAUGUUACUGUUAGAAGGAGGAACGAACCUUUUGGGUACAAUGUAAUCUCUGAAGAUCAGAAUGCAAAUACUGGAAAUAGUGUAUAAAAUAUAUACAUAUGUUGAGCACUGCAGGUAUUUUUAYGAGAGUCUCCAAAUUACGUAUUUUUGUAAGAGUUUUUUAACUACAUAAUUUAAAAAUGCUAACCUGAAAAGCCCAAUAGGGUUGGUUCCUUAAAACUGUCUUGAAAACUAAAAACCACAGUUUACUAAAAGAUGAUAACAAGGUUAAUGUUUGCWACCUUGUUUAUCACUGAUGAGUUUAUCCUUUAUCCUUUCCUAGGAUAAAUGCUAAUUUUCUUCUAAAUUGGAAAACAAAGCUGUAGAUGCAAUUUCUUUUCUUUGAUUUUACAUGCAGGUGUUCGUAUAUUUGCUGACUUCCUUAGUUUUCCUUGUGCAAAGUACCACAAAGAGAUUGGAUUUAAACCAUGACUAAACAAUGUCAUUUUGGGGAUUUGCUGUUCUGAAGCAGCUGAAUUAAAAGGGUUUUCUCACGUUGCAUGUCUGCUUGUAGUAACUUGCUAUAAAAUUCUGGUGUAACUUUAGAUUUUAGCCUAAACUUUUACUUAACUCGUCAAGAAAUUUGUCUUGAUGAAGAAUUAGGUUUAUGCACUCUGAAAGUCAGGCUGUCACUGAAAGAGUCAAUAUUUAGUCUGAAACUCCUGCUUGCAUGACAGUGAGUGUGUAGAUUUAAGUAGUCUUAAAAUUUUUCCCAUUACUUAAUACUAGCAGAUACUUUUGCAAAACGACUUAUUAUGAAGGUGAAACUGAUGUUUAAAUGGUAUUAAUGCUCUCUCAAGAAACCUAUUAUUGGCUUUGGACUGGGUAAUCAUUUAUUGGUAGGUAAGUAAUAUAAAUAUGUAGUUCAUUUUGAAAUACUUGAUGAAGUUUGAGAAUGUUUUUCUCUUCAGAAUUUAUUGGCAAGGCUUCUGAAGGAGCCUUUCAAAUUUUGUCAGUGAGGAGAAAUACAGAAAAAGCUACUCUUACUGCAAAUUGGUAUGUUAACAGGUCUUUGUGAAUGAAAUGUUGCUAGCAACAGUAUUCCUUGAGGUGAUGGAAAUGGCACUAGUGGUCCCAAUGUAGGGUAGUUCACUUGAAAGCAUCUGAUCAACCCACCUCACCCCCAAAAAAUCUUCCAAAACCACCAACAGUUUCUGUUCAGAUGAUACCUUGUGCUUUUUGCCUAAUCCGUUUAACUUGAAAUGUUUAUCUAAAUAUUGUCUUACUGUAAACAUUAUGAAAGAGAUUAAUGUAUACAURUAACUUUAUGUAUUGUAUAUCUUGUAGAUAUUAAGUAUGCAAGUGUUUACUUUCUGUGGCAUGUUUAUAUCACUUGCACUCAUAGAGCCUAAAAAUAGAUUAGUGGGGAGUGGCUAUGAAAUAAUUGCCGUGAGUACCUUCUGAGUGACUUCCGAGGGGAUAAUAAUUCUACAUUUAGUUGCAUACAUGUUAGCUUGCAUUCAUGAUACAAGGGGAAAAAAAAUCAUCUACRUCAUUAUUAAGAUUUAUGGUGCCUUAUCUGCAUUGUUAAUUGGGGCUGUGCUUUCUUUUUCCUURCAAAAUUACAUGCACUUUGUUAGAGGAUUUCUUUUUUUAAGGACAAACUUAAUUUGAAUAGAAAUAAGACAAUUUUKUGUUCUGUUUUGUGUAUGAAAGUUUUAUAAUGAUGAAGGAUGUAAGAAAAUAUUGUUGAAUUCUCAAUGCCUAUGAGUAGUGUUYAUACAAAGAUGUGGCAUAAGACUACUUUCCUUAGUUGUCUGACACCCUGUAUCACCGCAUAUAAGCUUUCUGUUUCAAAGGAAGUAGUCCUAUUCUGUAUGUAAAUUAUGUGAAUAAAUUAUUUUCUAUUA